CAAAAGAAAGGACGAAAAACCCGGUGUGGUUCUGUAGACGACGGGUCACAAACGUGCCUUUGCAUUCCAUCAUCAAUCGUCAGCCGAAAAAAUCGCAAGCCUUGCAUAUUAAAAUUCGAAGGGCUCAAAUUUGUUGGAAUUCAAGUGCAGUGCCAAAUAAGCAGCAAGUAUUUAUGUAAAUCUUGUGAAUUAGCGAAUGAGUUGCAACAUAUUCUGUAUGCUUGCAUUUAUAAAAUUGGAUUUAUUUCUAACCUCAACCUUGGCGGUAAGUUCAACUUGAGUUCUUACCUCGGGCAAAUACCAGAGGCGUCAUCUAAGCAAUGGCUCGUGGAAAGGAGAAGCGUGAACCGACUAGUAACGGCAAUGCGCCUCCAACAAAAAUGAUCCGGUCAUCUCACAAAUUCGAGCUAUCCCUGCCAAUAUUACCCAAGUUGAGCGGCAAUGUGCUCUCCUGUGGUCAAGGCGAAGUAGGCCAGCUAGGUCUCGGCGAAGAUGUUAUGGAAAAGACGCGGCCAGCUUUGGUCGACGGUCUGAAGGACGUCGUGGAGAUUUCUGCCGGUGGCAUGCAUAAUCUCUGCCUCACACGAAAGGGUGAAGUGUAUUCCUUCGGAUGCAACGACGAGGGUGCACUCGGACGCGUCACUGCCGAUGAUGAUGGAGCAGAAUUUCAACCGAGAAUUAUUGAACUACCAGCACCAUGUUUGAAGAUCUCUGCCGGCGAUUCCCAUUCCGCCUGUCUGCUGAAUGAUGGACGCGUUUACGCUUGGGGCUCAUUUCGGGAUUCACAUGGAAACAUGGGUUUAACAUUAGAAGGAAACAAACGGCUUCCGAUUGAGGUCCUCCCUGGAAUAAAAUCAGUGGACAUUGCAUCCGGGGGAGAUCAUUUGGUUAUUUUGACCGAGAAUGGCCAUGUGUAUACGGUUGGAUGCGCUGAACAAGGACAGCUUGGUCGAAUAUCUACCCGAGCGGCCUCCGGUGAAUCAAGACGAGGCAAAACAGACCUCUUGAAGCCAGGAAUUGUUACACUGAAAGGGAAGUACGUGUUCGCAGACGCCAUUUGGGCUUCGACUUACUGCACGUUUUUCAAAGAUCGUCACACCUCCAAAAUUUUUGCCUUCGGACUGAAUAAUUAUUGUCAGCUCGGCAUUCCAAACCCAAGUGAAAACAUUGUCAAACCUGUAUUUGUACCGGAACUAACUAGUUUUACGGACGUUAAAAGCAUCACAGGAGGGCAGCAUCAUACUUUGGUUUUGAAAACCGACAACAAAGUAUACGUUAUCGGACGUAAAGAGUAUGGGCGGCUUGGUCUAGGCAAUGUAACUGCCGAUGCAACAACGCUUACUUUAGUUGAUACGUUAGCCGAUAAAAAGGUAGUUGAGAUUUCCUGUGGCGAAAGCACGUCGUUUGCCGUUACAGAAAGUGGAGAAACUUACGCAUGGGGUAUGGGUUCGAAUCAACAGUUAGGAACCGGCAGUGAGGAUGACGAAACCAAGCCUGUACUCAUAGUCAGCAAACAGUUGCAGGGCAAAAAGGUACUUAAGGUUUCCAGCGGAGGUCAACACAGUUUGUUUUUGGUAGAGGAAAAGCCGUCCAAGGACCCAACUCCAGUACCGGAGGCAAAACCUGUGAACAAAUCAAAGAAGAAUAAGAUAGCAGAAGCAGAAUCAUCAUCCGCAGCCAUUCCAGCAGAAAGCAGUACGGAAACGGUGGCGUCGACGUCGGAGAAAUCCACUGAGAAACCGAAAACCAACGGUCAUCAUGCUGUUGAUAGCAAGGAAGAAAUCAUCAGCGAGGCGUCAGUAGAUACGGAGAAAAAACCAGCUGCUAAAGGACGAAAGCGGAAGCUGUAAUGUGCAACGGGACGCGCAGUAGAAAUAUUUACAAGUAAAUAUUUAAGAUUAGCUAGAAAAAGGAAGUAACACUUAGGACUAAGUGCUUUAUUAGGUUUGUCAGGAAAAAAACUCAUUUUACCGUUUCAUUGCACUGUCUGUAGACAACAAUUGUUCAUUUUUUCAUUUGAUUGAUUUGCCUCGUUCCUAGCUAUGUAUUGUAAUUAUACCGUUUCUUAUGUUAUUUUGUUGUUAGUGCUAUAAAUUUGGCGCUAAGGCCAACAUUUUCGUUUCGGAACAUUGUUAUUAGUAUUUGAUCUAGGAAGGAAUAACGAAAAUUAAACUGACGAAAGAGUCAUGAACGUAGUAAUCUUCUAGAUAUGAUUAAGCAUGUAUUUAUUUGAACCACGAAUAAAAAUAAAAUGUUUAAAUGAA